ACCGCGACAUUUGCGUCUAUUUUUAGCUCUGGAAAAUCCGGCCAAAACACAUCUAUACUAUAGUUUUUAUUUUAACACCGCCACUGACCAUUUGGUACACCCAUGAGGUCACGUGUUUGACGUUUUGGUAUUGGGGAAACCUACUGCCCAAGUUCCGUGACAGUAUGAUGUUCUUAGACUGUUUACAAUGUCUAUCGACUGCAGAAGGAGCUUCGAGUCAUGGAGGGUGUAUCCAAGGGUUCACUACUUCAGGAAACGUUUCUUGGAUUUGUAUCCUCGAUUCCAAAGAGUAAUUGAACUUUGCACAUCCUUAGAUGAUUUCAAUAUUCUAAUGCCAAAUACAUACUGUAACUAAAAUGACAAACAUUCAAAGUCGGACAGAGUAUCCAUCAUGGAGUGUGUACCCCAGGGUUCAAUACUUCCGGAACCGCUUUCUGUGUCUAUAUCCACGAUUUAAAAGAACAGUUGGAUCUGUAGAGUUGAGGAUAAAAUCUGAUCUAGAUGCAAUAUACAGUUUGUUUCACGCUGACCUUGAAAUGAAGGUUAUUGCAAACUCUGCAAUCCGAAUAGAAAAUUGUAUUGUCGACCGAUCAUCACUACCGAGGUCAACUAAAGAAAGCGUUGAUAAGAAGGGCGAGAAAACGCAAACACUACCGAGGUCAACUAAAUAAAUUCUGGAUCAGAAGAGCGAGAAAACGCGAGUGUACCUGUGCUGUAUUCGUGGAUAUGGCGCUAAUGACCCUCAAUUCAGCAAGAGUAUGACGGAUAUUCUAGACGAAUUAAACAACGAACGCGCUUCGGAACGAUGUCACUUAAUCUUUGCCUUGCAUCUAGACAAGUUGCCGUCAACGGAAGAACGUAGACAACUUCAAAACGAUCUGGAUAAACGCUUGAAAUGGCAUCCAAUAAGAUGGGAUCAGUCAUUGUCAGUGGUGUUCGGAAAAGACAACACAGUACUUCCAAUAGCCGUUUCAGAUUAUUUUGAGAAACUAUUGCUUGAAGUGUUUUCAGAUAUAGUCGGCUGCCUGAAAUUGUUCAUACCAGAUUCAACAUGGGGCAAAACGACUACACAUUUUGAUUUGGCGAAAUACGUAUGUACAUACAGAACACGUAAAUCAAUCGCGACUUAUAUAAGGUCCAUGGAGAUGACGACUUCGUCUUUAACCAUCCCUCCAGAGACAAUUCAACGCGACAGUUUGUUGAGUCUGGCAAGGCUGAUAAAAUGCCUAGUUCUUUUUCCGUGUUAUGAGCAUCUCUCUAUACCGUCAGACGUUUUACAGGAAAUUAUUGUCGGGGCUCAAUUCGAAGACGAAUUCAUACAACGAAUAACACCUGCAACUAAACAUACACUUUUAAACAUUAACACAAAUAAGCAAGAAGUGACUAAAUUGAAAUUCAUUUACGAUGAUCGAAAUCAAUAUUCCGACUUAGUGAAAUCAAUAAUUCAAGACGUAUGGCCUCUCAUUCAAAAGCUGGAAAACGAAUAUUCCAAAAGAUCAACAAUUUGCAAGCAGAUGUUGUUUGAGGUUGCACAUUACCUUGAGCAAGGUGCUUCUGAAAAGAAGACUGAAAAGCAAUUGGAGGCUCCAGCGGUACCUUCACAUCUACGAGAGGAAAUUUUACGUGUAAAGGGCGUCUAUUGUAUUGGAACAGUCUACAACGAGUUCACUGUGUUUUUACACCAAGAAGCCGAUAAGGAGCUCGAGAAUCGUGUUCGUAGCGAAAUAGAUUCAAUAAUAAAAAUGCAUAAAAUGCAUUUCGAGUAUUUGAUUGAGAAGAUAAUAAAAACACCCAUCGCACUCGCAAAUCGAUAUGCGACGCAAAUUGAAAACGGAAACGUCAUACGUUCGCCAGGGUCCGCAACUGAGUUUCGAUAUGGUACACUCGGGUCGUUUGUUAAGGGUUCGGAUGACAAAAUGUACGCGAUAACCUGCGCUCAUGUUGUAAGUCAUCCAGACAAUGACUUAGAUGUUUUCAUUACAGAAAGAGAAAGAGCUGAUGACUUCAGAUUGUUUGCAAACAGUUAACCACAUUUAACAGUAUGUUUGACUGAAACGUCAUAUAGCCUCAUUGACGUUGCAGCAUUGACAUUAAAACCCGACAUUGAACAACAGUGCGAAACACAAUUGAUAGAUGAGAACGGAAUAAUUAGACCAUGGCAUAUUUGGAACGAAAAUGAUUCGAACGAAAGCGAUAACAGCAUUUUAUACAACAUUGUGUACAAAUAUGGCGGAUUCUCAAAUCUGACUCAUGGAAUAAUUGUAUCGGCGGACAUUGAGAUACCACAACCUGCCCUGCUUGCUGCUGCGGUCCAACUACAAGCCCCUAACGGCUACCAGAUUAUGAUAGGUGAAUUGCCAGGGUCAGAUGGUAAUAUCGGACAGUUUGCACGACCGGGUGAUAGCGGUUCAAUUGUUUGCAAAACGCGUUUAGUUGCUAAUGCGCGAUUGUUGAACAAUGACAAUGAAGCACGCAUAACAGCUAUAUCAAUGAUACAGGGUGGUGACUCGGAAAUUGAAGGACAAGUGUCGAACCAAACAUUUUCAUUUAGAUUAAAGCCUGGAUUGCAGUUGUUGACGGAUAAGUCUGGUGUGCAAUUUGGGCCAACAUCUUAAUUGUACUGUCAAAUCAUAUACCAAAAUGCCUACAUGCAUUGUAAGCUUGUGGUUAUGUCUGAUGUCACUUAUUUGUAGGAAAUGCGUAUCAUUUCUUUUAUGACAAUUAGUAAGAUAAUUUGUAUUAAAUUGAAAUUAAAAACUUUGAAGAAAAUAACUUAUUUGUACAUUAUGUUAACGCUAUAUAUGAGUAUUGAUUUGUUAUCAUAUAAGUUUGUUUUAGAUAAUUAGGAAUUGUACGUUUGUUUUAUUAUCACACAACAUAAAAAAGAUUUAUACAGAACCAUCAGUUGUAAAUGUAUUCACUAUUUCUGGAGGUGUGAAAAUCGAUUUCAUGCACAGAUAUACAACGUUGCUGAUAAAAAACAACUCGAAUAGCUGACUUGCAUGCCCGGUUGGCCGAUACGGUUUGUAUAUGUUAUACACAUGAAUGUUGUAACAAUUCAUGAUACUUAAAAUACUAAAUCACUUAUAUCGUUUCGUAUGUAUUUUAAUUAUUGUACAUUCGUAAUUUUUAUAACGUGCUUUUCUUAAAUUGAGCAUUAUUUAAAUAACAGCAUUAUCUUUGUUCACUUAACAUGUAUAUGUUUCGACAAAUUGUAUGUUGACAUUCAAAAUUAUUAAACUUUUUGACCAA